CUGCGCCUGUUUCACUGGUUAGUGUGUGUUUGGACAUCUAACUCCCCUCCAACCCCCACCCCCCACUUCCUGAGGCCUGUCACCACGACAACCAUGGACUGCGGAUUGCGUCUGCCGCCCGUCAUUGAGGAGGUCUUGGAUCCUGCAGAUGAUGUGUGUGACUUCAAAGUGGAGCGGCCAGGUUUAGGCAGAGAAAUGACGGCCAAAGAGCGAGGCUCACUGGAGGAUAACGAGGAAAGAGACCAGGAGGAGGUGGAGGCCGGAAAUGGAGAGAAGGGGCAGGAGGAUGAGAGGGAAAAGAUGGAGGUAAAGGAGGAGGAGAAGGAGGGGGAAAGAGAGGAGCAAAGAGGAGUGGAUGAAGAAGAUGAACUGGAGGUACUGAGGUCGCAGGUGGUGCAGCUGCUCCUGGAGCUGGAGGAGACCAGAGAAGUGUCGCAACGACACGAGGAGAGCUACAACGAGCUUCAGGGUCUUUUGGAGGAAGAGCGGCUGGCAAGCGCCCACCAGGCUGAGACCUUUACGAGACAGAUCCAGAGACUUCAAGCCCAGCUGCAUUCAGUGCAAGAGGAGCUGGACAGUCUUGAGGAGGAGAAGGCCAGCGAGCUAUGGGAGGCGCAGGAGGAGCUGCGUGUGGCACAGGAGGAGGUGCAGGAGCUGCAGCAGGCGGCGGAGGAGGCGGCAGCUGAGCGAGAGAAUGACAUCGCCCUGCUGCAGGAGGAACUGUGCCGUGUGCGCGCCGCGCUGGAGCGUCUGCGCGGCACCACGCAGGAGUACGAGCUAGAGCUGACCACACUGAGGGCCGAAAUCAGCAUGAAGAACCAGCGCAGAGAAGAGCAGGAGAAAGCAGGAGGAGAAGGUGACAUGGACCAGCUGAUGGAGGAGUGCCGCUGCUUGAAGGACGAGUGUCAGACUCUGAAGAAUGACAACAAGCAGCUCUCUGAGAAACUGGAGAUGUUGGAGCAGCAGCGAGCCAGCUCAGCUGAAUCAUGCCUGGCCCUCAAAGCAGAGCAGAAUGAUGGAGAAAAUGACACAAAAAAAGAUGUAGAAAAAGAGGUGAAGGCUGAGGGUUUCGUCCGCACGUUUGAAGUAGGAGGUGGGAAUCCGAUGGACGCUUACACCCAAAAGAACAUCUUGUUUGAGGGGAAACCCAUCACGCCGAUGGGGAAGAGUGGAGGGUUUUCAGAGGUGUUUUCCCUCAGAGACCUGCUGAAACAAGCCGAGGAGAAAGGAUCACAGGUCCAGAGAGAGUGUGAGGGACUAAAAGGAGAGCUUGUGGAACUGCAGGGGCUGUAUGAGAGCAGCCAGAGGGAGAGGGCGGAGCUAGAGGCGGAGCUGCUGCAUUGUAGGGCGGAGCUUGAUCGGCUGGCUGGGAGGAAGGCUCAGAGCUCCACUCCUUCGUCUGAGUGCCCUAUUCUCUCCAUACACUUCAUAGGAAUGGUUGUAAUAAUGGGCCUGAUAUGGUGCUGCUGGAAGGAACUCUUGUCCUAAAGGGGGAAAGGAGAGUGAGGGAGACUGGAACCUGGUGAUGGUUGUUGCAGUGGCAGCAGCAGCAGUUCUACUCAUUCCUACUUUCACCAGAGCUCUGGCCUGAGACCUGGACAGGAAGUGACCUCAUCGUCCCACUCUGCCCAUGGUACACAAUUCUAUCACCCUGACCACACUUAACCACCAAUGGGAACUGAAAACCACCACUUAGCUGGGAACACGAUAACACAUAGCCUCCAAACUUGAUGCUUUUUGGUGUGCAUCGUGAUGCUGGUUGUUUGCCGUCUCAACUGCUUUGCUCUGCUUUUGUAGACAAUCAUAUCCGUUUCAACCAGCAGUGCAACAGACACUGGCGCCAGGCUGUGAGUAUUUAAACUGUCAGAAUGGACGAUGACUCUGAGAGCUUCUGAUUGAUCUGGCUCCCUGCUUUCCAUUUCAUUAGUUGUUUUCUUUCCCAAAACUCUUUGCCUUAUCACUUUUCAAUAGAACAUUUGCACAUUUUACCUCUAUAAGCAGAUUCCUGAUCGCUUGGGGACCGAAGAGGACACCUUUUUCAUCAACAAUGCUUUGGAUGCAACAUAUCGCUUUGUGCUUCAUUGCUUUUGGAUUAGGUAGGAGCAUGCAGUACUUAUUUAAUCUUCCUGGAUCUUCCCAUUUUGAAUAAUUACUUACCGAAGUCUCCCGAAUAUAGUCAAAAUCAUAUGUGUUUAGGUUCACUUACCGAAAACUUCUUUCACUUUCGACCAUGGCAUGUUCUCUUUGGUUUCUAACUCAAAAACUCUGUAGGUAACUGUACAAUACUUCUCUAUAGGCUAGCGAAGGAGAAUACUCAUCUAAUGUAUACUAUUUGUCAUUUUUACAUAUAUUUUGGUGAAAAACUUCAGAGUUUGAAGAUUCCAGGUGGUUUAAGGUUAUUCUAGCAUGUUAAUGUGCUUAUUUUAAACUUACACAGAUAUUUUUGUAUCUGAAUUGUUUAUUCCAAGACAUUAAAUUUGUAGAUUGAUUUUAUGUGUGUAGAUUGAUAAAUGAUGCUAAAGAGUGAUAGAUAUUUUUAUACAAGGGUUGACUAAUGCAUUCACUUAAAGAACACUAAAAGAAUUCUGAAACAAGUGUAAUGAGCAAGCACAGAUCUACUGUAUUCCACUAAUGUUGCAUUGAUGAUUUCUUCUGAAGUUAUUUGCCGUUUUAAUUUUUGCAUGUUUGCAAUAACAAGACACAGCUGACAUAUAUAUCUAUACAAUCUCUUCUCUGCAAAGAAACUUACAGAGUUUGAAAGGUUUUACAGAAAGUACAAAAUGUCAUGAAAAAGUAGUUCUCAUCUGGUGUCUGGACCCAAAAACGAGAUGCAGGAUGUUUAUUUUAGAAAAAACUGUCCUAAAAUAAAAUUAAAAUACUGUAGCAAAAUGAAAAAACUUAUAAAAAUGCAAAAUAAGACCUGAAAUGCUUUCCAUACCUUUUGUAGUCAGUAAAUCUUCACAAAUCGUAUCAUGCAUAUCCUUGGACCUAUGCAGUUCAUGCUAAUAUUAAUAAAUGUUAAAUGUUUGACCUUCUUUUUUUCUCUCUCAAAAUACGAAAAAUAUUUUCUUAGUUUAUUUGGUUGCCACUUGAUGUGAGUGUAAAAACCAGCUGAGAACUACUAUCAUAAACCCUUACAUAAUAGCAUGACAAAGAUGUUUCGUACAAUGCAAUUCAAAUCUGUAGCACAAAAAACGUAAAUAACAUGUAUUGAGUAGCUAGCUAAUAAGAAUGCUAGAAGCAGAAACUUCCAUACUGCCUUUCACCAAAAAAAGUUAUAAUGAUAAGAAACUUGUCUUAAAUGAUGUUUAUUUCACUAAAGAUGUUUAAAACUUAGAAAUAUGUACUUAUAUGUAGCAUUUUACAUCAGAGGUCACAAUUUUGAGGUCUGGGUGUAUUACAGAUGUACCUUCCUGCAUGAAGAUUAAUAACACUGUCACUGAACUCAUAUACAUCAUGUAACGAUUCUGGUAAAUUAAUGCUUUGAGCCUCGAGGUACUAUUGUUAUGAACAGAAUCUUUGACUUUAUAUGUACAGUAUCUAUUAUUAUAUAAUCAUUUCUGGUAUACACACAAGUUGUCUUCACCUGAUGUCUUUUGGGUGUCAUUUUCAACAAACAGCACAAAGUAGACUUCUUGUCAAAGUGACUAUAUCAUAGUAGACAUAUUUGCUUGCAGACGGCUGACUUGUGUUGAGGCGGUGAUCUUUAUAGUGUGGUUUUAAGACCUGGCAUUAGUUUUUGCUGAGUCUCAGUGUUUGGGAAUAUUUUAAGUAUCCCAAGGUCAUUCCAGAGGCGUUUUCUGCUCCUGUUGAUAGACUCAGAACUCAGUGGUAGCACAACUGAAUGUUCAAUAUAUCAGUGGUCCGCUGACUUUCUAUAAGACAGUGCAUGCUACACAGUGAUUUGUCUUUGAAAUAAACGUGCUAUUUGUCCUGUACUUCAUUGGACCGUUUGUUACUUUGAUGAAAUGGAAUUUCGAAAACGUGUUUCACAUCAGAAGGAGCAAAUUUAUUUUAUUCUUCCACUCAGCACUUGUAAAUGAUGUAAUAUGUACAGAUUGUGUAUUUGCAUGUCUAUGGCAGUAGAUUCUGCAUGCUGAGUGAUUGAAACCAGUGGUAGAUUUGAGCUCCUGUGACAAUCUUUGUAUGAUUAGACUUUGCAUGAUUUGUCCAAUUUUUUUUUUUUUUUUGCAGUUUCUACAUAUUUCACAUUUGUUUUGGGAUGAAAAAUGAAGAGCAGUGUAAUUAAGGUUCUCGUUCAAUUUGUUUAAUCUGUUCACUCAGUUACUUUGGCUGUGGAAGAAAUUUAUGAUUUGAAAGUUUCCAGAAUAUUUAAAAAAUAUGCAAUCCGAGUUUAUAGCAACUUUUGGAAAGCCCAGGCGUUCUCCAAAUGGACCUUAUUAUGAAUUAUUAUGUAUAGUUCACCCAAAAAUGAUAAUUUUCUAAAAAUGUAUUCACCAUCAGGGUUCAGGCCAUUCAAGAUGUAGAUGAGUUAGUUUUUUCAGAUUCUGGUAAAUUUGACAUUACUUCACUCACUCACCAAUUCAUCCUCUGCAGUGAAUGGGUGCUGUCA